AUAGUGAAACACCAUCUCCACUAAAGAUGCAAAAUAUUAGCUGGAUGUGGUGGCAUGCGACUGUAAUCCCAGCUACUUGGGAGGCUGAGGCAUGGGAAUUGCUUGAACCCAGGAGGUGGAGGUUGCGGUGAGCCAAGGUGGUGCCACUGCACUCUAGCCUGGAUGACAGAGCCAGACUCUGUCUCAAAAAAGAAAGAAAGAAAACCCACUAUAUGGUAAAUGUUGCUUAAUUGAGUAAAAGGAAAAAAAGUCUGUUACUAUGGUUCAGUCAGCCAGGUAGGAAUAUUUUUUGUUGUAGAAUUCCUAAGUGCUGAUUCAGAUAUAAGUUAUUUUUUGUUAAAAGUAUCCCCGUGUCAUAAGUGCAUUGCACAAAUAUUGGAGUUUUAUCUGUUUAUGUUUUGUUGGUUUUUUAAUAGAGUCGUGCUCUGUUGCCCAAGUUGGAGUGCAGUGUCAUGAUCUUGCCUCACUGCAACCUUCUGCCUCCUGGGCUCAAGCAGUUCUCUUUCUCAGCUUCCUGAGUUGCUGGGAUUACAGGCAUAUGCCACCAGGCCUGGCUAAUUUUUGUAUUUUUAGUAGAGGCAAGGUUUCACCAUGUUAGCCAGGCCGGUCUUGAACUCCUGAUCUCAAGUGAUUUUCCUGCCUCAGCCUUGCAAAGUACUGUUAUAGGCAUGAGCCACUGUGACCGGCUAAUCUGUUUUUAAACAUGAAAUGCAUGGGAUUUUCUUGUAGGACAAAUAGUGAAACCAAGUUUGGUUUCCUAUGUUAUUUAGGGGCAAUAUUUGUCAAUACAGUAAGGCUGUGUUCCUAGACUAGGAGUUUAAGAAAGUUGAAACAAAGUUUGUCAUAGAAUCACUGCAUAAAUUAUGUUUAGGUGUCUAAUGCAGUCCAGAUACAAUGACUGUACCUUCAGAAUAGUUGAACUCUAUGUGAUAAUUUUUUUUUAAGAAAGCAUUUGAUGUUUCCUGAGGCAUUUGUAAAGUGCAGCUAAAUAGAUGAUAUUUCCAGUUUGCUGCUGCUGCUAAUGUUCUUGAUAUUUUUUAUUCAUCCAUGCAGUCAUCAGAAUUUUCAGAGUAGUUGAAUUAAAUUGACUCCUGCUGACAGCAAGGGGACAAACUACUAACAAUUUUACACAUCAUAAAAUUGAAAACUAUUCUGUGAGUAGUCUGGAAGGGAUACAUACUGGAGAAAUUGGAACUGACUUGGCUAAGUCUCCCAGUAAUUGUGACUUAAGUUCAGGUUUGCUAGAUUCUAAUUUUGUGCUUUCCAAUAAUAAUACAGAGUCAGAACAAUCAGUUUAAUUCUUAUUCCCAGCUCUAUUGUGAAAUGACUUGGAGUAAAAUGGAAUAAUAAAACCCAGGUUAAUACUUUCAUUUAUUCAAAUUUUUAUUUAUUAAAUGGGUUAAACAUUGCAUGGCCAGUUGAAAACAUAACAUUUUUAAGUAGAUAGGCAGAUACCAAUAUUUAAGGCUUAUUUUGACAUCCUGGAAUGAAGAAACACUUUGGCAGUUAGGUGACCUGGGUUUUAACUCUCUUCCCGUUUCACAAUUCUGAUUCCCACAAAAUUUGGUGUGAGUGAAAUACAUUAAACGUCUAGUACUUGAUUUUUAAAAGCUACAUUUUCAAAUAUUGUAGUCAGAAGAAUUCAUUAUCAAUAAUAGCUGAUAAUUAUAGUCUUAGUAGAGCUUAUAUUUGCAAAUAGUUCUAAGUCUUAAAGGUUUUUUUUGUUUGUUAUUUGAUCACUCUUUUUAAGAAGUUGAUCUCUCCACCUAAAUCCCUGAAAGGUCUUAAUAUAGUUUUUGAAUUUGGUUGGUUGGUUGGUUUUGUUGGAGUUCAUUUUGUUUGUUUGUUUUUAGACCUGGGGUCUCACUUUGUCACCCAGGCUGGAGUGCAUUGGUGCAAUCACAGCUGACCGCAGCCUCACACUCCUGGGCUCAAGCAAUCCUUUUGCCUUAGCCUCCUAAAGUUGCUAGGAUUACAGACAUGAGCCACUGUGCAUGGCCUGUUAACGUUUUUCAAGUAAAGGGAAUGUAAUGUUCAAAAGUAAGGUUAGUUUUGUAGCUGUCAGUCCAGCCUUUUGGGAUAUACUUAAAAGAGUAAAUUCCCCUAAUAAGGAUAUACUCAGUUUAAGUCAUUUGGGAGAGUUGGCCAGUUCUAUAUUAGGGAGUAAUUUUUAAAAAAUAGAAUGUAAGAGUCAAACAAUAAUGAAUUUCUCUAUACAUGUAGCCCAGCUUUAAGAAUUAAAAACAUUUUGCAAAUUUUGCUCCUUUUCCCCAAUUUAAGUUCCCUGUUGUAUUUAAAUACAAAGGCCAGAUACCAUUAUUGUCACUGAUAAUUUUUGUUUUAAUUAAUUUGAUAAAUUUUUUAAAUUAUGAGAUGUGGCAUAAUAUGGUAUAAUAAGGUAUUUCUUAAAAUACUUUUAACAGGUAAAUAUUUUCUCAUAAUAUCACUAUGAUAUCUAACUAUCUGAUAUUCAGUCCAUAUUUAAAGUUAUAUGAAUGUGUGAAGAAAAUGCCAUUUUAUAGUUCAUUGGUUUGAAUCGGGACCCAGUCAAGACGGGACUAGUGGAAUGAAUGUCACUAUGAUGAAAUAUUGAAUAUGGGAAAUUCUUGAAGACGUGACCCAGUUUUAUUAGCAAAAAAGUAUAAUGAGCUUGGAGGUGGAGAAUAUACCAUACAAUGAUUAAGAGCCCUGAGACAUAUUAGCAUGUGGUGGACUCUGGUCCCAAUUCAAACAAAUUGACUAUAAUAUUUUUAAGCAGAAUUUAUUAUAAUAAAAUCAGUAGGGAUGUUAGAAAUAUAUUGCAACUUUUAAUAAAAUAAUGGAUCCAGGCACCUAAUCAUCAUCAGAGGCUAAAUCAUUGGGUGAAAAAUUGGAGGAUAUAUUAAUCUGUUUUCACACUGCUGUAAAGAUACUACUUUUGAGACUUGCUAAUUUGUAAAGGAAGGAGGUUUAAUUGCCUCACAGUUUUGCAUGACUGGGGAGGCCUCAGGAGACUUACAGUCAUGACAGAAGGGGAAGCAGGCACAUCUUAAAUGGUGGCAGGAGAAAGAAGUGAUGGUUUUAUAAGGGGCUCUUAUAAAACCAUCAGAUCUUGUGAAAACUCCCUAUCAUGAGAAUAGCAUGGGGUAACUACCCCCAUGAUCCAAUCACCUAUCUCCCUUGACACAUGGGGAUCAUAAUUUAAGAUGAGAUUUGGGUGGAGACCCAGAGCAAAAUCAUAUCAGGGGACUUUAUCAUGGAGGAAUUGGGCUGGCAAUGCCUGAACUCAGUGAUCAGUCACUACCUAAGUUUGAUAACUAGAGGGUGUACUUCCUGAGGUGCUGAAAUGGGAAGAAUGCAGCACCCGUCUUUAAAAAAAAAAAAGUUAACCUGGAAUUAAGCCUCUCGGUUGAAACUGUAAUAGAAAGGUUUUAGCUCUUUGCUCUUCAUUUCUUACCUUUCAUCUAAUUCCUUGAGGUAGCAGUUUAGUGUAUUGAAAGGACUUGGAUUUUUUGGCACCAUUUUUAGAACUUUAAUCUCAGAUCUUCUCUGACACGCAACCAAGUAAAAUAAUUUUGCUUUGUUACUUGGGAUUACUUAGAAGUGAUAUCUGUGUUACAGGGUGAUGGAAUCAUCUAGCAGAUUACCUGGCAUUUGGUAAUUCCACUAGAAAGUAGCAGUUACUUUUUCUAUAAAUAUUUUAAUCCAGACAACUUCUUGUUUUUUGUUUGUUUUUCUUGAGAUGGGGGAGUUUUGCUUUUGUUGCCCAGGCUACAGUGCAAUGGUGCGAUCUCAGCUCACUAAAACCUCCACCUCCUGGAUUCAGGUGAUUCUCCUGCCUCAGCCUUCCAAGUAGCUGGGAUUAUAGGCAUGCACCAGUAUACCCAGCUAAUUUUUAUAUUUUGAAUAGAGACGGGGUUUCACCAUAUUGGCCAGUUUGGUAACUCCUGACCUCAGGUCUCCCAAAGUGCUGGGAUUACAGGUGUGAGCCUGGCCAAAUUCUCAUUUUUAAAGUAAUGUUCAUUGUUCUUUAUGGCACCAGAAAUUACUGUCAAUUUUACUUUUGAUCCAUUAAUGUUUUUAUUGCAGCAUUUCACUGAAAUUGGAAGGAGUAGAGCUUUGAAAGAAAUUUGUAUUUAACAAUCAAGUGUGUUCACCAUUCAGAUUGAUUUUUUUUUUUUUAACAUUCACUCCUUUCUUGGUUUUAAUGGUUAAUUCUGGUGAGAAAUCUAACUAAUUAAAAGACUGAGAAGGCUAGGCAUGGUGGCUCACACCUGUAAUCCCAGCACUUUGGGAGGCCGAGAUGGGUGGAUCACCUGAGGUCAGGAGUUUGAGACCAGCCUAGCCAACAUGGCAAAACCCCAUCUCUACUAAAAAUACAAAAAUUAGCUAGACAUGGUGGUAGGCACUUGUAAUCCCAGCUACUUGGGAGACUGAGGCAGGAGAAUCUCUUGAACCUGGGAGAUGGAGUUUGCAGUGAGCUGAAGUUGUGCCAUUGUACCCCAGUCUGGUGACAAAAGCAAAACUUGGCCUCAAAAAAAAAAAAAAAAAAGUGAGGCAUAGAUUUUAUAGAUUUAAUAAUGAACACUUGAAUUAAAUACCCUUUGAGGCUGGAAUGCCAUAGGCCAGCAGUCAGUGUAACAGAAUAAAGAUUAAUAGAUUUUUAUAAGAAACUCCCUGCCCUGGCCACCCAGGUGACUUAAAAAUUUUUCCAUUGUAGUGUUUUUAAAACAAAAAAAUCAAGUGUUUCAAAAGCUGUUUGGUUUGCUUCUAGCUAAAGACAACAUGAGCAAGAAUGGUUUUGAGAAUGACAAAAGCAAACCUUUAUGAUAUUUAGAGUAUCUCAUUGAUAGGGGAGUUUAUUUUUAAAAGAUCUUGCUAUUUACACUUUCAGAUUACUUUAGAAACGUUUAAAUAUUUAGAGUGUCCUCACAGCAACUGUAUAACAUGAGAACAAUAUGGUUUGCCUGCCAGCAGAGUUCGUUGGACUCAGACCCUGUUGACACCUGUAUUAUGUGGACCAAGUUAUGUAAUCUCUGCCAUCUCCUCAUCUUUGAAUUGUAGUACUAAUACCUAACUUCCUGAGGGUUGUGAGGAUUAAAUGAAAUUAUUGACUGUCAAGUUUGCUUAGCACAAGUACUUUUCAUUCUAUUGGGCAUACACUAGACUUUAGCACAGAGCCAAGGCUAUCUCUAUAUAACCAUAACCCCCAGUCAUCUAGCCAUCUCAGGGGUUCCCCUCUGAAUUAAGGGGAGGAGAAGGAGCACGUUAGCCAGGGGCACUCAACGAUUCUAAAAGGUGAGUAUCCACAUAAAUUAGAUAACCAGAAGAUAUCCAGAGAGUGAGAGGGAAGAUACAACGUAUUUUCCAAAAAAAAAAAAAAAAAAAAAUUGUGGGGUUACUCAAACCACAAAGAUCUGAGCUACUGGUUGUUGUUUUUAUUUAGGAAUUACAGGAGUUAGUGGAAGUGUUACUUGGGACCCAUUUAGGACGUGAAUAUGCCUGGUAGGAAUCUGAACCCAGCCUGACUUCCAGCAGUUCCUCCCUUUCCUGCCAAGACUUGUUAGUACCACUCAUUUUGUUCUGUGGACCCAGGCUGUACGCCAGAGCCUUCUUGCCUCAGCUCUGUGAUUUAAAUUUGCAGCAGAAUCGCAGUACAGGUUAAGUGUGGUGCACACUAGAUCAUAAUUUUUGGCCAAGUUGUAUUUCUAAUACAGAAGUCAUCAGUUCAACAAGACUUGGAAUUCAUUUUCUGAAUCUUUGCCAUUCGUUAUAGUAUCAGUUUUCUCAAAAGCCCUCUCUAGGCCAGAAACAGAGUCUUACCAUUUUUGUUUCCCGCACCGAUGUCUGGCACUCUUAAAAAAACUCGUGAGAGAAGAUUCUAAAAGGCCAAUUUCUACUUGGCUCAAUCUCGACCCUGCGUUUCCAAAUGUGAGUGCGCAGAGGUCGCUUUCCGCCACGAAGCGGCGCUAAUCCACCACCUAGGACAGACCCACUAAGUUUUCUACAGGAUUUGAAGUUUUGAACUUUUUACAAGUGUCAGCAAGGUUAAUUCCCAAGUUUAAAGGAAUGUUCCUAAGGCAAGAGUGGUGAGUGCUCCAGGCGGGGGUGGGCUGCAGAAGGCGCGAGGGGUCGCUGGGCGUCCCUCCGACCUCUGGGGUCCUCUGGGACUCGGGCUGGCGCAGCCGCAGAGGUGCCGGCGCGGGGACGGGUGCCGGCGCCCGGGGCGUGUGAGGGCGGAGGUGCGCGCUGCAUUUGGGAUCAGCCAGGCGCGGACCGGUGGCUCCCAGGAGCUAGUUCCCUCCUCGCCCCCGCCCCCUCGCCGCGCGGGGCCAGCCCGGCCGCUCCUCCCCUGGGUGGGUCCCGGCUCCUUUUCUGGCAGGGUCUAUUUGCAUAGAGGAAACUGCCCAAAGUGGCCGCUGUGGAGGAGUUGGCGGCGGCGAGGGGGCGUGCACCGCAAUACGCGGCUACCCCGAGGCGAAGCCCCGCGCCCGGCGGACCUCGCGCCUCGGGUUGUUUUGCCUGUUCCUCGCGAGCUCAGCCGCAGCCCCAGCUCAGCAUCGUCCCUUUGGAGAGUCCACGCGCGACGAAUGAGCCAUGGGCCCAGGCGAGAGCGCCGGUGGCGGUGGCGACGCGGGGAAGGGCAACGCGGCGGGCGGCGGAGGCCGCCCGGCGAGGAUCGCCGGGUCGCGGGCGGUAAGCGCGCUGUGCCUGCUGCUCUCCAUGGGCUCCGCGGCCGCCUGCCUGCUGCUGGGCGUCCAAGCGGCCGCGCUGCAGGGCCGGGUGGCGGCGCUCGAGGAGGAGCGAGAGCUCCUGCGGCGCGCGGGGCCCCCCGGCUCCGGGGCCGCCUGGGCAGAGCCGCACCUGGAGCGUCUGCUGCAAGAGAAGUUGGACGGACUAGUGAAGCUCCGGACUGCUCGGGAAGCCCCAUCUGAAUGUGUCUGCCCCCCAGGGCCCCCUGGACGGCGUGGCAAGCCUGGGAGAAGAGGCGACCCUGGUCCUCCAGGGCAAUCAGGACGAGAUGGCUACCCGGGACCCCUGGGUCUGGAUGGCAAGCCUGGACUUCCUGGCCCAAAAGGGGAAAAGGGUGCACCAGGAGACUUCGGCCCCCGGGGAGACCAAGGGCAAGAUGGAGCUGCUGGGCCCCCAGGGCCCCCUGGACCUCCUGGGGCCCGGGGCCCUCCUGGUGACACUGGGAAAGAUGGCCCCAGGGGAGCACAAGGCCCAGCGGGCCCCAAAGGAGAGCCGGGACAAGAUGGCGAGAUGGGCCAGAAGGGAUCCCCAGGGCCCAAGGGUGAGCCUGGAGCACUUGGAAAGAAGGGUGAUGAUGGGACACCAGGCCAGCCUGGACCACGAGGACUCCCUGGACCACCAGGGCCCAAGGGUGAGCCAGGGAGCAUGGGGCCUCAGGGAGAGAAUGGCGUGGAUGGUGCCCCAGGACCAAAGGGGGAGCCUGGCCACCAAGGUGCGGACGGAGCUGCAGGGCCCCGGGGCGCCCCAGGCCUCAAGGGAGAGCAGGGAGACACUGUGGUGAUCGACUAUGAUGGCAGAAUCUUGGAUGCCCUCAAGGGGCCUCCCGGGCCACAGGGGCCCCCAGGGCCACCAGGGAUCCCUGGAGCCAAGGGAGAGCUUGGAUUGCCUGGUGCCCCAGGAAUCGAUGGAGAGAAGGGUCCCAAAGGACAGAAAGGAGACCCAGGAGAGCCAGGGCCAACUGGACUCAAAGGAGAAGCAGGCGAGAUGGGCUUGUCUGGCCUCCCGGGUGCCGACGGCCUCAAGGGGGAGAAAGGGGAGUCAGCGUCUGACAGCCUACAGGAGAGCCUGGCUCAGCUCAUAGUGGAGCCAGGGCCCCCUGGCCCCCCUGGCCCCCCAGGCCCCAUGGGCCUCCAGGGAAUCCAGGGUCCCAAGGGCUUGGAUGGAGCAAAGGGAGAGAAGGGCGCGUCGGGUGAGAGAGGCCCCAGUGGCCUGCCUGGGCCAGUUGGCCCACCAGGCCUUAUUGGGCUGCCAGGAACCAAAGGAGAGAAGGGCAGACCCGGGGAGCCAGGACUAGAUGGUUUCCCUGGACCUCGAGGAGAGAAAGGUGACCGGAGUGAGCGUGGAGAGAAGGGAGAGCGAGGAGUUCCCGGCCGGAAAGGAGUGAAGGGCCAGAAAGGGGAGCCGGGACCGCCAGGCUUGGACCAGCCGUGUCCUGUGGGCCCCGACGGGCUGCCUGUGCCUGGCUGCUGGCAUAAGUGACCCUCAGGCCCAGCUCACACCUGUACAGAUCCGUGUGGACAUUUUUAAUUUUUGUAAAAACAAAACAGUAAUAUAUUGAUCUUUUCUCCUGGAAUGCACUACCUGUGGCAUUUUAACUUUCGAGACUAUACCCACCCAGCCCCAGAGCCUUCAGCAUGUGAAGCUGCAGGAAAGUGGACAGGCCAGACCAGGGAGAUGUGCACCUGAGGGGCACUCUCGGGCCUGGGCUUUCCCAGGAAGGAGAUAAAGGCAGAAGCACCUGGCUAGGACGAGGCUGGAAAGAUGCUAGGUUGGGCCUUCGCAGAGAGACUCUCAGCUGUGGUACUGCCCUGCAAGAACGUGCCCCCAAAACCCUGGAUUCCCCAGGACACACCCUGUCCAAGAAGGCCCAGGGCUGGGACAGCAGCUGCUGCUGCUGCUGCUGGCCUCACCAGCCUCCAAACUCAGCCACAACCAGCUGCCUCUACAGUUGUACAAGACUUGGCCCCUGGACAAGACUCACCUGGAACUUGCAGCUGAACCCACAAAGCAGUGAGUGGAAAUCCCCCAAGAGGGUCUAGCUGCCACCACAUUUGGUAGGCCCCAGGAGGCCAGCCUACUGUGAGAAUCCAUGUCCUCUGGCCAGGAGUAGUGGCCAAGCUCUGUGACAGCUGUGAUGUAGACCCUGUUCCAGGGAGCUAGCUGAGUGUCAGGGAUGGAGGGGCCCAGGAGGGACUGACUGCUACUUCCUGUCUCUGUUUUCAUAUCACCCAGAGAGGGACAAUAUGGGACAUGGCCCAGCCCAAGGAGGCAGUCCUCCCACUCAGAGCCUGAGUCUCACUGAUCCCAAGUCUCCUACCCAGAACUGUGGCCAAAAAUGACUCUACGUGGGCUGGGCAGGCAAAUCAAACCUCAGGGCUGGUUCCCAACUGGCCUGAGCAGGGGGCCUGCCAGCAGACCCACCCACGCUCUGACAAGAGGCUUUUUCACUUCCAGCCAAGUGUUCCCAGCAACCAGCUCCAUCCUGGCUGCUCGCCUUCCAUUUUUAUGUAGAUGGAGAUCACUGUGUGUAAUAAACCACAAGUGCGUGUCUG